AUGGAGGAGGAGGCGGUGGCGGCCGCCGCUGCUGCUGCUGUUGCCGCCUCCGGAGGACGGGGAGCGGGAGGCGAGCCCGGGGGCUGCUGCGGGUGCAAAGGGGUCCGCGGCUGCCUGUUCUGCGAGGCCGCUCCGCCCCCGCAGAUAAGUGCAAACUUUGUGUACUGUCCACUGACUGGCUUUGCUGUAGGAGAAAAGGAAUCAGAAUUUGCAGGCUGGGCCUUUCCGUUUCCAGGAGUCUUUUUACUGGAAGGGUUCAUAAGUGCAGAUGAAGAAUGCAGGAUGGUUGAGCUGAUGGACUGCAGUGCUUGGAAGCCAUCACAGUCUGGCCGAAGAAAACAGGACUAUGGCCCCAAAGUGAAUUUCAAGAAGCGCAAGUUGAAAGCAGGCGGUUUUGCUGGCUUGCCCAGCUUCAGCCAGGAGAUUGUGACUCGAAUGAGAAGCCAUUCUGUGCUCAAGGACUUCUCUCCAGUCGAGCAGUGCAACUUGGAUUAUGGCCCUGAGAGAGGGUCUGCUAUUGACCCCCACUGGGAUGAUUGGUGGGUUUGGGGGGAACGCCUGGUUAGCUUAAACUUGCUUUCAGCAACUGUGCUCUCCAUGUCUUGUGACUCAGAGGAUCAUAUCCAGUUAUUUCCAGCCUUUCUUCAAGACAGCAAGCAGGUAGACAGCUCUUUGACCCAUGCUGUUUCUCAGGAGCAUUUGCCUAAAGAGUCUACUUCUUUAGGAUUCAGAAGCACCACCAAGUGGGGAACUGAUCCUUCUUCCCCCACAAGGUCAGUUUCGUCUAAAGAGGUCGUUGUCGCCAUUCACUUACCUCAGAGAUCCCUAGUGGUUUUGUAUGGACCCGCUCGCUAUAGAUGGAAACAUGCCAUUUAUCGCAAUCAUAUUAAAAGCCGCCGUAUCUGCAUCACCUUCAGAGAAUUGUCUGCGGAGUUCAGUCUUGGAGGAGAACAGGAAGAAUUGGGUCAAAAGCUCCUAAAAACGGCUCUGACAUACCAGGGAAUACCUGUAUAGACAUCCAUGUGGAGGAACUGAAACUCUUUAACUUGUUUGGGUCCCUGGAAAUUAAACUUCAAGGCCUUUCAUAAACUUGUGUCGUUUUCUGAGAAGCUGAUAAUUCUACUAAAGCUGUGGUUUUCAGUGAUCUUUCAAGGAACCUUUUGCUCCUCUUCCACCAGCUCUUAGGCAUGCACACUGAUCUUUCAAGGGACACUGGCAAGACUUCUUGGGUUUUAUCGUUCUCUGUGAAAGAGCAGUGUACCCCAGAUGUAGAUUAACUAAACGUCCAUGAAACUUGCACAUAUAUAAUAGCUGUAGGGCAAACAUCACAUGAGAUGUUGUCCCAUACCAAGUUAAACCAUUGCACCGUUUAUUUUUAAAUGUUGCUGAAUUUCUUACAAAACACUCAAGGAAAUUAACAAUCACCAAAGUUAAUGGUUAAUUAAGACAAAUUGAGAAAGCACGUAAGAAGUUGAUGAGGUCAGCAAAGGUGAAGGAACCAGAAAUUGGAACAACAGACAUGCCUCCUGAAAUGAAGUUUUCAGCCUGCACCAGAAUACCAAUGGAGGCAAGAGAGAUUUCCCAAGGUUGUGGGCUCCACAGCCUGGGUCCUGCAGCGGAGAAGGCCCUUGCCUGUGUUUCCACCAACCCUGGGAGGUGGGUAGUAAGGUUUUUCUUAGUAAGCAAUUGGAUGGAAUGCUACCUGCAUCCUUUUUCUUGUAUCUCCAUAAGUAAGAGGCGUAGAUUUUCUCGGGCAGUGACACCCCUUGGGUACGCCUUGCUCCACUGUGCCUUGACUCACAGCUCCUGGGACUGAGCACUUUCACUGCUCUGCUUUUAAGAUCAAUUAACUGGAAACUGAAUGUGCUUUACUGUAGAUUCUCCCUCAGUAGUCCACGUUCUGCCUGCACACAUGGAUUGGCAGUUUAUAUAAAAAUAAUACAAUAAAAUCACACUAUGUUUUCCCCAAACAUAAUUUUAGAAAGCUGAGAAAAUAUAUCUUAAAGAAAUCCAGCACAGGAUCCCAGCUACCUGAUAAAUAAAAAGGGUGUAAGGCAUUUGACAACAUGGGACAUACUUCCUACCUUGAGGUAGGUGCUACCUUGCUUACUAAAUUGUAAUAGGAAGAUCCCCAGACAGCAGGUAGCACCUGUGAUUUGACAGUCACCACAACAAGAUUCUAGGGGUUGGCCUCAAACAGAUGAUGAAAUCGUGUGCUCUAUUGCACCAGUAUUUCCCCCCCUGUAUGCAGACACGAAACGCAGCUUAACAUUCACCAUGUAAUUAUAUUUGAAAGUGUGAAGAAUACCUACCAUAUAUCUCCCCAAACAGUAUGGAUAUUUUGUUUUUCUCAUGAUGACUCAGCUGGCAGCUAUGAGAGAGACUGCUGCGGAAUGAAUAAAUAAAGUAGGCAUUGAAAGAACAGUGUUUAAAAGUAUCUGCUGGUGAAGAGAGGCUGAGAGAACCUAUAGAAAGCCCCCCCGCCUGCAGGAUCACCUGCCUGGCGAAGGACACAGGUGGUACAACUAACAGUUCCAUUAUUGAUUCAGUUAACUAUUAAGGAAACAAGAAGAGCCCAUCUAGUCCAGUAUCCCAGCAUAAUUCAGGGUCCUGUGGGAAAUUAUGCUAGCAGCUCAGAUCUAGUUGACUGACAGUGCUGGGGGCACCAGGCUGGGUUUUUGAGCAGAACAGGCAGUAGUGGGCCCUGCUAGAGUGUUGGGACCUUGAAUGUGAGGUGAUGGUGCAAGUCCUAUAAUUCAGACACCUAAUGCAGCUAAAAAUAGCACCAGAUAGGUAGGUGCCUGCUUGAAUAUAUUUAAAAAUCUUUUGAUCAAGUGGCACCAACGGGGUGUGUGCAUAAUGUGUGGAAUCUCUCAGGUUGGGAGUUUCACAGUUAAAGCAUCCUCAUGCCCAGCUCCCACUGGGGUUGCCACCAAAUACAUUAUUAAGAAAGAAAAAAAUGAAUUGCUAAAAGAGAGGGCAAAUAUAUUGGUGACAUUUGAACAUGCUCAUUUGUGUGCCUACACUGACCAGGUGCUAACUCUCUAUGGGGAAACAUCAGGACCUCUGCUAGUCUCCCUUUUGACGGACCAAGCAGCCCUUCACACACAGAACUGUCCUCUUAAAAAUAGGACACAUGGCCCCUCUGUCUCUUCUCACAGAUCACUUUACAAAGGGAGAAUCCUUUCUUCCCCCAAACUGCAAUUCUUCCUCUCAAAUCUAGGGUUGGGAACAAGAAAUGAGCAACCCCAACAGAAGGAACAAAAUAAAACAACAUAAAACAGCAACCAUGCUUUGCAAUUCCUAGAUACGCUAACAGAGGUUUGUGAACUUGCAAAAAUGGUUUUUAAAUCUACAAUUAAUAAUUUAAGAAUGGUUUUUGGCGCCUUUGCUACUGCAGUUGUAAUAGCCUUAAAAGUACUUAAGAGUUUGACGGAACGUAAGCUGUGACUCUCAGCAAUUUAUUUUCCAAAAGAUCAAGGGUAGAAAGUGAGUUCGAUGUGCUUCAGGAAUUCAGUGCCUUCGACAGCAGUCUGUACAGCUUUGUUAAGGGGAAGGAGAAUUGUUCUAUCUAUCAUGUUGGGAACCAGAAUCCAGUAAUCAAAGGCGCAAAUGAGCAAACAAAAGAACAUCCUUGAUGAGCCACAAUUUAUGACAACAGUACAAAAAGGUUUAGCUUGGUCUGCAGAGCAGCUGUGGUUCCAUACCACUUUUCAUAAGACAGAGAAGUGGUGGGUGUGAGACCUUGGAAACUGGACUGAUAGGGAUGAGAAGGGCCUCAUUAGCUGAUUGCAAGGAUGAGAGAGGCCUGGUUACCUGAGAAGCGGUUAAGGGAGGGACAUCACAGCAGAUGGUGAUGCCGCAACGAGGCUGGCAGCAGUGGCCUUUAUGAGAUAAUGCUGAAAGGAAGUGCACUUAAAAGACAACAGGGAAGCUUGCAGAGAUGCUGCUGGCAUUUUGCCCUUACAAAAUUUGGGUAAAGAAGGAAAUGGGAGAAUUCCCACUACUUAGCAAUGCAGAAAGUUCUGGCACCACCUCUGAGCAAUAUAAAAAGUUGAGGAUGGGAUCGUACUUGCUCUUCCACUCCCACUUCUCCCCAUCCCUUCCCCUAUGUUCUUCUGUUCACCCCAUUUUCUUGUAGCAAUGUAGCUGUGUGUGUGCAUGACUUAUACUGCUUUAUGACUUUGAACACGUCUAGAAAGGUUUA